AUGCACUGCUCCCUCGACUCCUCAGACCAGUCCCAGCUGGAGAACCUAGAACUGGUUGAGGAGGUCAUGGUGGACCGCUCAACACAGACGGUCUGGGAAGACCAAAGUGAAAAUGAGAGGCAAAGCUCCAGAGCAGAUUGGAACCAGUCUGGAGUGAGCAGUAUGCACUGCUCCCUCGUCUCAGACCAAUCCCAGCUGGAGGACCAUAAACUGGAUGAGGAGCUAACCGUGGGCAGCCCAAAAGAGCGGGUCUCCAGAUGGGAAAACAUGGGCUACAUGGACAGCCAAAGCUCCAGAGCAGUUUGGAACCAGUCUGGAGAUUCAGUGGUCAGCAGCAUGUACUGCUCCCUUUUCUCCUCCAGCUCCUACCACUCUGAGGUGGAGGACUGCAAAGUGGAUGAGGAUCUCAUGAAAAUCAUACACAGGCAUAUGGAGGACAGAGAGGAGGGACGGAAGUCCUGGGAAGCCUCCAGAGUGCCGUGCCUGGAUAUUCUGGCUCUUCCCUUGCAUUUUAACUCCCGAAUUGCACCACAAAGAGGGUGUGGAAAAAGACAAGAGGGCAUCAUUGGAAAUACUGGAAAGUGCUGGGUUGCCCUGCCCUCCGUGUCAUCUGGAUCCCCUGAAAACACUGAAUGGAGGAAAUGUGUGCCUCUGGGGGGAAAUGACUGGAGCAGAAGCAGCCACGGAGCCCAGAACAGUUUCCAUAGUAGCCUACAGGAUCCCACCCCUUUUGAUUCCAUCCCCUUUUCAGUUCUGCCAUCUCUCUGUGCACUAGCAGAAUGCUAUGCAGGGUGGGAAAGUCCUCAAUUCCUCUCUCAUUCAGAGCCACCGCGGGAUGGGUGCUGGACUCUAUCAGAAUGUCCUCUCUUACCUAACUGCUUGACUCUCUUGCAACUUCAGAGAGCCAGCAAUCAGGAUGAGGAUGUCCAUUUCCUCGCGGUCCUCUGUACUUGCUGCAAGGCUGCAUAUAAGAGCGGCCAGGAGAGUCUGGAUCUCCCCUACAGCAAAGGACAACUGAUAAAAGCAAUCGUGGUGGUGAUGGAGAAGUCCCCUGUGCAGUCUGGGCCUACCAUUCUCCUGCUUUAUGCCAUGGCUGCCGUCUCCUGCCUCAGCAAAAUCAAGCCUCCAACUGACCCAGAGCUAGAGUCUGCGAUCCUGCGCUUUGCUGUUCGCGGGGUCAUAACAGUGCAAGCAGGACAUGUCCACAAACAGGCUCUGCACAAACUCGCAGCAGACAAUCUGGAGCUGAUGCUGAGGGGUUUUUUGUCAGAGGCCCCAACCACACAGCAUCUCUUGUCCCUCCUGGAGCACAUCAACAUCUGGAUCCUCUCCAGGAAUGCCCAGGAGAGAGCUCGAGCCAGCAAACAAUGCGCCAGCUUGCUCCGCUUUAGUGUCAUGAUGCCUGAUUGUGAUAACUCUGCAGAACUCCCCAGUUUGGGCCACCAUGUGGCGAAACUUGGAAUCUGCAUAAUGGAUUGCAGGAAGGAUGUCAGCCGAAACGCCAGGGAGGGAAUCUACCGGCUCCUAGAAGUACUUCUCCACCACAAAGGCCAGAGCAGCAGAGAAGCUGGGGAGCUGUGGAGCCGGAGAUGGCAGGAGGAGGAAAGAAUUCUGGCCUAUCUGAACACCGCCAGAGUUGGGGAGGUUUUCAGGGAGAUCUUUAAUAAAGAUCAGGAAAGAUCCUUCCUGAGGACCACGCUUUGGGCCAUUAAUCAUCCCCUCCACAGGGUUAAGGAGGCUGGACUGAUCCUGCUGUACUCCCUCCUGGGCAAGGCCGAUGCACUGAUGGGGUAUGAGGAGGAGGAAAUCCGGAGGAAAAUCUGGCGUCGUCUCCGCCAAAUCAAAGAAAGCAAAGGGCUGCCUGAAGAAAUUGAAGGUGACUUACUGAUGGACCUUGGCAGUGCCGCUAAGCCGACUACCCUCCCAUGACACCUUUCCUUCCUUUCCAUAUAAAACACUCAAGUAUAAACAUAUCAAGAGAAAAAUCAUAUAACAUUUUAAUUAAAUGUAUUAUGUAUUAUCAUAAAUGUAUGUAUCAUAUGU